AUGAAAAAUUCAGAGCUUGGUGCCGGUGGCGGUGUGGCAAGCGGCGUGGCGUGUAUUGUGACACCAACACUUGCUCCGACUACCGUCAAAAUGCAGGAAGCGGCUAGAAGAGCAUCGUUGAGGAAAGAACACACACCUACGAACGAAAAAUUUGGAGAUUUGUCGAAACAGGAUUCUCUUGGAGAGCGCGCAUCGUCAAAAUUAACUUUGGACGAUGAGCUUUAUGACAUCCUUUAUGCUUUUGGAGAAACUGAUGCAUUUAUCAACAAAGGCGAGAAACAAAGAGAAACCGAUGAAGAUGGAAAUCCGCUCACAAGACAGGCCCUUCUGGAAAGGAUACGUCAGAAAAAGGAAGUAAUUGGAAAGUUGAGGUGCCAGGCAUGGAGUAUGACCAGAAAACGAAGGACGUUAAACCAUCUAUACAUGGAGGAAAUGAGAAAGAGGGCGAGGUUGAUGAAACGGAGUUUUUCCAACUUCAAAACUUAUUUGAUACCAUGGGAGUCAAAAAUCAAGAGAAUAGAAAGUCAUUUUGGAUCUGUCGUUUCUUCUUACUUCACAUUCUUGCGUUGGAUCGUUUUUGUCAACAUAAUGAUCACUUUGAUAGCUGUUGCAUUUGUUGUUCUUCCUGAGGUCUAG